AUUUCGUCAACGCACGGACGACAGUUGGUUCGUGCUAGUUGAACUGAUAGCAGACUGUCUGUGCUGUGCUGUACGGUUUUGGUUAGUCGCAAUUAGUAAGAGGUUGGAUUACUCGCAAGUUAACAUUUUCCAUCAUGCAACUUGAGCACCACCGGUCCGGAAGUUGGUCGAUGAAAUGGAUCAAAUUCUUCCUAUUUAUGACCAAUGUGAAUUUCAUUUUUAUCGGGGUGCUUGUAAUUUCGACGGGAGCUGCAGCUAAAUCCGUUUACAGUGACUUCACUGCCUUUGUCGAUGAGCAAUUCUAUUCUCCGGCGUGUAUGUUCAUCAUAGUGGGCGUGAUAACGGUUGCGAUUGCUUUGUUUGGAUUUAUUGGAACCAUCAGGGAAAGCUCACUGCUGAUCAACAUCUACUGUGGAUUGUUGUCGGUCGUUUUUCUACUGGAAGUCACGGCCACCUUGGUUGGAGUACAUCAUCGUCACGAAGUAGGUGGGAUUUUGAAGCAAAGCUUGAAUAGCUCUUUGGAGCGCUAUCCGUGGAACAGUCAUAUACAAAGAUCGGUGGAUUUUAUGCAACUUGAGCUGGUAUGCUGUGGAGUCAAUAGCUACCGGGAUUGGGAGGACGUUUUAGCUGUGAUUGAUCUGGACAACGGUGAUCUGGUGGCCGAACUUCCGACCUCAUGUUGUCGAGAAUAUCUGGAUGGAAAUUGCGUACCACAUAGUGAAGGAUGUUUCCCGAAAAUGUAUGCACUUUUGAGGCAUUGCUCGAAAACGAUUUUCAGUGGACUGCUGUUGGUCGCCUUUGUACAGAUCUUGGCGGCCAUGUUUGCUUUCAUCCUCGGAAAACGGAUAAGACUAAUUAAGACCACAUCGUCGCUGGAUGCUCUCAAAUAUGACAACACCGUUGGUGCUUUCGAUUAUAGACGCCUAGCAGAGCUUUCGGUGGAAAAAAUCAAGGGUUCCAAUGCUUAGAUGUAUUAAACAGUAAACUGUAUUUAUUUGUAA